CUAUUUUUUUUUUUUUUCUUUUUCUUUUUUUUUUUUCUUUUUUUCUUUUCUUUUUUUAAACUCUUCUUCCAGGGAGAGGAUAGUGGUUAAAGCUCGAGCUGGAUGGAUGGGUAUGGGGAGAGGGGCAGGAUCCACAGCCCUGGGACUUUUCCAAAUCCUCCCUGUCUUUCUCUGCAUCUUCCCUCCAGUGACGUCUCCAUGCAAGAUCCUCAAGUGCAACUCUGAGUUCUGGGCGGCCACGUCAGGUUCGCACCACCUGGGCGCAGAGGAAACCCCAGAAUUCUGCACGGCGUUGCGCGCCUACGCGCACUGCACCCGUCGCACCGCCCGCACCUGCAGGGGGGACCUGGCCUACCAUUCGGCCGUGCAUGGCAUAGACGAUCUCAUGGUGCAACACAACUGCUCCAAGGAUGGACCCACGUCCCAACCCCGCCUCCGGACAUUGCCCCCCGGGGACAGCCAGGAGCGCUCUGACAGCCCCGAAAUCUGCCACUAUGAGAAGAGCUUUCACAAACAUUCGGCAGCUCCCAACUAUACCCACUGCGGGCUCUUCGGGGAUCCCCACCUCAGGACUUUCACAGACACCUUCCAGACCUGCAAGGUGCAAGGGGCUUGGCCGCUCAUUGAUAAUAACUACCUGAACGUCCAGGUCACCAACACGCCGGUGCUGCCUGGCUCCUCAGCGACCGCCACCAGCAAGCUCACCAUCAUCUUCAAGAGCUUCCAGGAAUGCGUGGAGCAGAAAGUGUACCAGGCGGAGAUGGACGAGCUCCCUGCCGCCUUUGCUGACGGCUCCAAGAACGGCGGCGACAAACACGGAGCCAACAGCCUGAAGAUCACCGAGAAGGUGUCAGGUCAGCACAUCGAGAUCCAGGCCAAGUACAUCGGCACCACCAUCGUGGUGAGGCAGGUGGGCCGCUACCUCACCUUCGCCGUGCGUAUGCCGGAGGAGGUGGUCAACGCCGUGGAGGACCGGGACAGUCAGGGCCUCUACCUGUGCCUCCGGGGUUGUCCGCUCAACCAACAGAUUGACUUCCAGACCUUCCGCUUGGCUCAGGCUGCCGAGGGCCGUGCUCGCAGGAAGGGGCCCAGCUUGCCGGCCCCCCCUGAGGCCUUCACUUACGAAUCCGCCACGGCCAAGUGCAGGGAAAAGCUGCCCGUAGAGGACCUCUACUUCCAGUCCUGCGUCUUUGAUCUCCUGACUACGGGGGAUGUCAACUUCAUGCUGGCUGCUUACUAUGCCUUUGAGGACGUGAAGAUGCUUCACUCCAACAAAGAUAAACUGCACCUCUAUGAAAGGACACGGGCCCUAGCCCCGGGAAACGCGGCUCCCUCGGAGCAUCCCUGGGCCCUCCCUGCCCUCUGGGUAGCACUGCUGAGUUUGAGUCAGUGUUGGUUGGGUUUGUUAUAGAGUUUUGCUCCUUCACGCUGUGGGGAAAGGGGAGCAGGAGGGGACAAGGGACAAGAUGACUGCACUGGACAAGGAGAGAUUGGAAAAAGGAUCCGACAGGGAGCACGUGGAUCGUCCUCAGAUCUCAGCUCCUUUCCAGCACCCAGUCUUUCAUCGCCCCAGCUCUUGCCCUGGAGGAACACUAUAUGCCCUGAGGACGUUUGGGAGAUUCUGUUGGACUACACCUCAGGUGGUCCUUCCCCACUUCCCCUCACCUUCAUCCUCCUCCUCUCUGUAGCAUGAGUGCUGGGGAGCCCCCACCUCCUUGCACCGCUGCUCCACGGUCCCAAAACGCUCAUGGUGACUGUGAUGUUGGCGUGUAUGAACGUGGCUUUGUGUUAGGGAGCCACAAGCGUAAUGUGGCUGGGCUCCACUUUUUGGGGUGUGCUUCUUUUUGCAGCCCCAUCGCUGCAGGAAGCAAUGCAGAGCAGCAGGCAGGGGCCAAAAUGGUGGGGCUGACCGCAGAAAGAAAAAAGGUAUCAUGGUGGAAGGAGGCCGUGAUCCUCAAGCUACAGCUUGUGUUUUCUGUGGUUCAAAGGGCAUCUGCUAUUUUAGCCACUUCACCUGAUCACUGAUUCACUCCACAGUUUUAUUCCUGGCUCCCUUGUCUCUACCCGGACCCGCUGAGGACUCUUGAUUGCAACAGGAGAAACCUGGCCAGUAUUCAAGCAUUUUCUUUAACUUGUGCCCAGUGUCAGACGAGCUCCUUGUGCUGUUUGCUCCCCUAAAACUGGCACUGGGGAGGCUGCUCAGUGGGAGACCCCAUCUGCACCCCCUCGGGCCCCGCAUCCCCUUACCUGCCCGUGGAUCAGCCAGGUCCUGAAGCAGGAGCAUCCCUCUCUGUUUGCUGCUAGAUCUCUGCUCCACUCCUUCUCCCAGGGUCAUGACUUGCAACCCCAUUGCAGACCCAUUGCACCUUAAGCCCAUCUGGGCUUGUCUCUGGAAUGGGGCAAUGUUAGAAAUUCAGCCAGGAGACAGGAUGCAGCAGAGGGCCCCCCCUCCCCAUCUGCCCCCAGAUGUCUGUUCCCUCCCUCGAGACCAUUGGUAAUCUCCUUCCCCCACCACACAGUGCUUCCCUUCUCCUUCCCGUAUUCCUCUGUGGUUCACCUCAUUGCUCACUGAACAAAACGAGACCACCUUUGGUCUGCACCGUGGAGACCUCUUUGUGGAUUUUCCCUCCUUUCCUCAGAGGGAAUUUCCCAUAAGUCAUCCCCCAAACAUGCAUCACUCUUGGGGGAACGUCCUGCUCAAGGGAGGUCUCUGGGCAUGACGAGUCAAGCUAGCACCAAAAGAGGUGGGAAUAGGCGACCUUUGGCAGUCAGAACUGGUGCCAAGAGGCAGCCUGGUGUAAAUACUCAGCGUGACUUUUCAUUGUGUCCUAACAGCUCUAGAGCUCCAUUUGUAAAGCAGCAGAGAAAUGCAAAAAUUUGUGUCAAUGGAUGUAAUUUAUAUUGUCUCUUUAAUAUAUAGAGCCCUGGCAUUGAUCUCGUGUGACUGUACAGAUGAGAUGUAAUUGGUUUUUAAACGUUUAAGGAAAGAAAAGAAACAAAAAGGAAAAAAAAAAAAAAAAAAAGAUGUGUUUACUACUUUGCUCCUUGCUUUGUUUGCUGGUGCCCCAGGAAUUCUGUUUAGGCAGGUUUUAAAAUAAGGAUAUCGCAGUUUGACGGCACUGAGGAGACCAACUGCUGGGCUGCUGGGCUUCCCCACAUGCUGACUGCUCAGCAAGGCUGAUGGGGACGUUUUUGCUAUACUAAAUAACCAGACUUUUGUCUCCUGGAAACCCAAAAGCCACAUUUUGAAAGGCAGAGAGUUUUUCACUCAGAGGAAACGUCCGUCUCUUGCUGCUACCCCAUAGGUAACAGCCGUGGUGCGAUGUGGUCUUAACUGACCAACCCACAGCGUGCCAACAAGUACAUCCACCCCAUAAGACCUCCCCUAAUAACCCAUCAAGGGUCAUUUCCAGCCAAGGAAAGCCUGUUUAAUUACCGCAUGGCUCAGUCCUGCUGUUGGGGUGAGCAGCCCAGCUGGUGGUCGGCUGUUAGAAGGUGGUUGGGGUAUCCCUAUUUUAGAAGCAAACAGUGAAGCACUUUAUUUUGGUUGUGUUCGACCCAGUUCUGCUUAGAGGUGAAGUGUGGCCAAGAAAGACCCGAUCGAUGGAAACAAAAAGGCGUAGGGAAGGGAGGGCUGUGACGGGAUGGUCCCCACCUCCCUGCGCUCAGACCCACGGAGUGUCACCGCCUGUACAUACUGUAAAUUAUUUAUUGAGAGAAACGCAAGUAAAGUUUGAGGGUUUUUUUGACAAUAAAUCAGUGGGUCUCGUUUUGU